UGUAUUUUUAUCCGGCUUAGUACCUGCCUUCUAAUUGUAAUAAUUAUAAUCACCCGUUCUCCUAUCCUGAUAGCAAAUUUCGUUCAAAGGGAUAUGGCGACAUCUUUAACACAUCUCUUCUCUAAAGAUCGGACCUUUCGACCCAAGAAGAAAUGGGAUGAAGGAACUCUACGGCAUGGCCUUCACAAGCAAGCGAAAGCAACAUUACAGUCAGGUCUUGAUCUAAAACAAUGUGUCAAGUUACCACCGAAUGAAACAUUAGAGGACUGGAUUGCAGUUCAUGUUGUUGAUUUUUUCAAUCGAGUCAAUUUAAUUUAUGGGACUGUGUCAGAGUUUUGCACCUCGGAAACUUGUCCAGUGAUGUCUGGUGGUCCUAAAUAUGAAUAUCAUUGGGCAGAUGGCAGCAAAAACAAGAAACCUAGAGCAGUGUCUGCUCCAGAAUACAUGGAACUUUUAAUGAAUUGGAUAGAAACUUUGGUGAAUAAUCCAGAUAUCUUCCCACCAGAUGACAGUAUACCAUUUCCAAAAGCCUUCCUACCUACAUGUAAGAAAGUGCUAACAAGAUUGUUUAGAGUAUUCGUUCAUGUGUAUAUUCACCAUUUUGAAAAGCUGGGGAUCAAAGGAGCAGAAGCCCAUGUCAAUCAAUGUUACAAGCAUUUCUAUUUCUUUGUAACUGAAUUCAGUCUUGUGGAUAAAAAGGAAUUGGAACCAUUAAAAGAAAUGACUUUACGAUUAUGCAAUUAAAAUAAUUAGAAGUUCAUGAUUAGAAGUUCAUGGUAAAGCAGGGACUCCUGUUAUUUUAUUCUGGUUGUAUUUCUAAUUAUUGAGUAUUUUUGUAGUCAUCACAAACCUGGUACUAUUGAGGAGAAUUAAGUUAAUUUUUAGCAAACAAUACUAAUGCAAGUUAAUACAGACCAUCUGAUUAAACUUUCGAAUGCCAAUGCUGCAUUCCUUUUGACAAGAACAUUUAGUUGGCAUCAAUAUAAUAUCAUACUGACACGUAUGUUUUUUGGUAUGUUAUUUGGAAAUUGUUCACAAUAAGAACUAACCCUGGGUUAAUUUUUUAUUGGCUAUUGAUGUUGAUAUAUUUUGCAGACGUGGGUGUUAAUCUCAAAACUUUACUAAAUGAAACUUUUCCUCCAUUCCAAAAAAAUAUCCGGAAAAAUAUAUCAACUUCUGUCCUCAUGAACAUGCUGUUGGAAAAUAUUAAUAUGAAUAUUUUAUCCCAGGAUUAGGCUGAUGAUCAGUUUCUAAACAACUAGCAACACAGUAGGCAAACAUAAAGCCGUAAUGGGAGAACAUUAUGAUAUUCUGUAUUGUGUCGAUAAUUUAACACUUGACUGUGUAUCAUUUUUUGAAACAUGAAUCACUGUGCAUGUAGUUUUUGAAAUCAUAUAUAUGCAUACACUGAACAUAUUGUAUUAAUUAAUAUUUUUUAUGUUAAAGCUGAAAUCCAAUGCAUUAUAUA